CACCUUUGCACCCAAGAAAAAAAAAAAGAGAGAGAGAGCUGGUUCGGUGAUAUGCUGUAACAUAAUGUACUAUUUUAAUUUUCGUGAAAAUGCGUGUUGGUAUAACGUUACUGAAAUCUCCAUAUGAAAACCUCUAUCUAGCAGUAUAGUUCGUCAGUUUGUUGGUCAUCACGGAAAACUGCCAGUAGGAUAACAAACAAACCUACAUAACAAAGCUGUACCGUUACAAGUGUGCUUGUAGUAUUCAAAUUCAUAACGCUUAGUGCCUCUUUAAUCCUUUUAAUGCUCUUGAUGUGCAUAGUUAUUCUUUCUGCCUACUUACUUAUCCCUGCACUAUACUGCAUAAUGGUGGAUAAACAGAAUGGCGAUCUGUGGAAUGUGCAAACAGAGAUGGGAAUUGUAGAGUUCUGUCUUCAGAGACAUAGCUUCAUGUAGCCCGCUGAAAGUCAACCAACGAUUCGGAGGAACAUGUCCGCUCCAUUUUCAGGGUCGAAGAAUAAGCCUAGGAAGAAAUCAGCAUGAAGGUGGCAGCAAGGAAAGCUGGUAUCUUGACUAUUAUUCGGCCUUGAAGAUGGAAGAUCCGUGAUCCUGCUGUUGGCUGGCUUUCAACGCAUUACACAGUGUUAUGUCCAAGAAGAUUGAACUCUUCAUAAUCACCGCCGUGAUAACUGAGAUCCUCAAAUUCUACAUACCUUUAAUUGGAUAUAAUUCUAACAGAGGUCACUUGAACACCGGAAAUACAUAUCAUCUAGUUGAAAACACCAACAUGUUUACAUCCGGUGAUGCUGGGGGAGUGUACGCUGUGUUGCCAAAAAAUCAUGGCACAAGAAAUAUUGUCAGCUCUUCAGAUCAAGCAAGAAUGGAAUUGAACGACUGGAGGUGUUUGAUAAUGAAGAGGAAGUGUCAAAAAAUACAACUGUAAGGAUCAUUACCUUGGAAAAUUGCAUCAAAAUUAUGCAAGAUGCUCAGAAACAUCAACCAAAUGUGUUUGCUAUUGUCACGAAGAAUGCCAUCCAUCACUUCGCUUCUCUCUCGGAGAAGGAGCUGUCAGACUGGAUAUCGGCAUUUCAAUCUGUUGUCUUCAAGGAUGACUGUUCAAGACGUACCAUUGAAGAGGACAAUGAUUUGUAUUGCUCGUCAGGUGAAGGUGUAUUCACUGUGAACUUGGUGCCUUCAGAAGCUUCUACACGGUGCAAAUUAGAGCCAGGAUCUUAUACUUUAGUGGUAGCUUCAGCAGCCAUCCAACUUCAUGACAGUCAAGAUCACCGUCUCCUCUUCACUUGGCCAUAUCGCUACAUUCGGCGAUAUGGAUACCGAGAGGGCAAGUUCACUUUUGAAGCUGGCCGUAAGUGUGACACAGGUGAAGGAGUGUUCCAUUUGGAGCACUCAAAUCAGCAGGAGAUAUUUAGAUGUCUGUCUUCCAAGAUGAAGAGCAUGCGGAAGCUCUUGACUGGUGAAACACCGUCUACACCAGUCAUUGUAUGUGGAGACAACCAAUUUCAGGCUGCUCUCAGCAUGGAGGCACGAUCUCGGAGUCCUCUGCCACCUUCCCCAACCAGUGCCACUCCUUUACUUGACAUAGAUUUCAGUGCCAUAUCACAGUCUUCUGUUAAACCUCUAAUUUCUCCAGUAACAGAAACCAAGUCGUUACUAAUUAACAAUGUUGUCCCUGUAGUAAAACCUAAACCUGUGCCUUCCAAACCGCCACGAAAACAUAUCCAGUCUUCCAGCCCAUUGAAGAGAGGUGAGGAAUCUGAAGAUGUGGCAUUGGAGCAGAGUGGAUUUGUAAGGUAUAGGAAGCUUAAGAACAAUGUUAUGCUGCCUGUGGUAGCCACUUCCUCAGCAUUUGUAACACCUGCUUUUGAGAACCCUUUAGCAUAUGAUAAAGUGGAGGUUCGUAAAGAGGCAUGGCGUACAAUGGGAGUAACUGACCUAGCACAUACUGAACGUCAGUUUGGUGGGAGUGAUACUGAGGAGGAAGCAGAUCGUGAGAAGUCUGCAGCAGUAUCAGAACCUGAAAAUAGUAAUUCUGUCAGAUCUCCAUGUUCAAAAAUUUUGCUGACUCAGAUCUCAAACAAAUCUGAAUCCACAGAGAAUUAUGAUAAACUGCAGCAUUUUGGGUCAUCAUCUAAACUUAAUAACAACCCUGGUUACAGGCAUAUUCCUCCAGCCAGUGCCCCACCCCCAGUUCCAGCAGUUCCAGUUGAUCCUCAUCCAUCCUGGAAUGACUAUGAUGUUAUAGACGAAAAAAUGCAAGCAUGCCGAAUGGCUGAUGACUCACAUCAUGGUUAUGGCAUGAUACGCAAGAAAUCAACUCAGAAUGCUCAAGAUGAUCUCGGACCCAAACACAAAGUGUACAACGAACAAGAAUAUGCUGUGGUCCAAAAGCCAAAAAGAGUCUAGUCGUGUCACCAUUGUACUUCACAUCUGUGAUACAGUAUUCUUAUUUUUGAAUAAAUAUAUGUAUUUAUAUUUAUCAGAAGAUUUUGUCACUGAGAGAAAUAGUGUGAUUUUGGUUCUUUGGAAAAUUAUUAUUCAGACAAACUAUCUUGGUUCCUGUUUUGUCAGCAAUGAAGGUGAUACUUAUAUCUGUUAUAAUU